AUGCAACCUAGGGUGCAGAUGAUGUUGAGGCCUCCUGUUUCUUUGGCCAAAGGACCACUAACAUUGAGCAAAACAAGCCCACUGAGUGAAACAAGCCCACUGAGUGAAACAAGCCCACUGGGUGAAACAAGCCCACUGGGUGAAACAAGCCCACUGAGCGAAACAAGCCCACUGAGUGAAACAAGCCCACUGAGUGAAACAAGCCCACUGAGCGAAACAAACCCACUGAGCGAAACAAGCCCACUGAGCGAAACAAGCCCACUGAGUGAAACAAGCCCACUGAGUGAAACAAGCCCACUGAGUGAAACAAGCCCACUGGGUGAAACAAGCCCACUGGGUGAAACAAGCCCACUGAGCGAAACAAGCCCACUGAGCGAAACAAGCCCACUGAGCGAAACAAGCCCACUGAGCGAAACAAGCCCACUGGGUGAAACAAGCCCACUGGGUGAAACAAGCCCACUGAGCGAAACAAGCCCACUGAGUGAAACAAGCCCACUGAGCGAAACAAGCCCACUGAGCGAAACAAGCCCACUGAGCGAAACAAGCCCACUGAGUGAAACAAGCCCACUGAGUGAAACAAGCCCACUGAGUGAAACAAGCCCACUGAGCGAAACAAGCCCACUGAGCGAAACAAGCCCACUGAGUGAAACAAGCCCACUGAGCGAAACAAGCCCACUGAGUGAAACAAGCCCACUCAGUGAAACAAGCCCACUCAGUGAAACAAGCCCACUCAGUGAAACAAGCCCACUCAGUGAAACAAGCCCACUGAGUGAAACAAGCCCACUGAGUGAAACAAUCCCACUGAGUGAAACAAGCCCACUGAGUGAAACAAGCCCACUGAGCGAAACAAGCCCACUGAGUGAAACAAGCCCACUGAGCGAAACAAGCCCACUGAGUGAAACAAGCCCACUGAGUGAAACAAGCCCACUGAGUGAAACAAGCCCACUCAGUGAAACAAGCCCACUGAGUGAAACAAGCCCACUCAGUGAAACAAGCCCACUGAGUGAAACAAGCCCACUGAGUGAAACAAGCCCACUGAGCGAAACAAGCCCACUGAGUGAAACAAGCCCACUCAGUGAAACAAGCCCACUGAGUGAAACAAGCCCACUCAGUGAAACAAGCCCACUGAGUGAAACAAGCCCACUCAGUGAAACAAGCCCACUGAGUGAAACAAGCCCACUGAGUGAAACAAUCCCGCUGAGCGAAACAAGCCCACUGAGUGAAACAAGCCCACUGAGCGAAACAAGCCCACUGAGUGAAACAAGCCCACUGAGCGAAACAAGCCCACUGAGUGAAACAAGCCCACUGAGUGAAACAAGCCCACUGAGUGAAACAAGCCCACUGGGUGAAACAAGCCCACUGAGUGAAACAAGCCCACUGAGUGAAACAAGCCCACUGAGUGAAACAAGCCCACUCAGUGAAACAAGCCCACUGAGCAAAACAAGCCCACUGAGAGAAACAAGCCCACUGAGCAAAACAAGCCCACUGAGUGAAACAAGCCCACUGAGUGAAACAAGCCCACUGAGUGAAACAAGCCCACUGAGUGAAACAAGCCCACUGAGUGAAACAAGCCCACUGAGCGAAACAAGCCCACUGAGCGAAACAAGCCCACUCAGUGAAACAAGCCCACUGAGUGAAACAAGCCCACUAUAG